AGGGGGAAAGUGCUGACCACAGAAAAGUUGCAGAGGCCCUGGCCCCAAUUCUGCAGGCUCCAUUCUGCGGCUCCUGCGCCUGAACUCUGAUGGGGUCAAGCCAGUUGGGACUGCCUCGCUCAUGUGCCUCUCCCAUCUUUUAUUUCUGAUAAUGUCUCAACAGCCUUAAAAAUAAGGAAUCUUGGACAGCUGCUUUUCUAUUUCUACAGGCAUACCUGUCUUUAAGCAAAUCCAGUCUACAAAUCUUGGAUUUAUUAAAAAAGCUUAAAUUUGGGAUUUUUUUUUAAACCUUGAAUUUCCCAGAUGAUUUACUGCACGAUUUCUUGAGGAAAUAAAGUGUAAAGCCUCUAAGGCAAUUAAAACUAGUCAGUUGACAGAAAUUCAGCUUAACUCAACAAGUGUUUAUUGUCCACCAUGCUCAAAGCACUGUGUUAUGAGAAAUAGAAAAGAAAGACAAGGCCUUUGCCCUCAAGGAACUUUGUCUAGUUGGGAAGAUGAGACAUAUGCCUGUGAAAUAAGGCAUGAUCUUAGGGAAGAACUGUUGACUGGCGACUAGGUUUUAUCACUUUUGUUCUGCACUAUCUGACAUGAUGGAGCCAGGCAGACCAGCUUCAACCUGUGUGCACCUGGCAUCUGGUGCCCAACUGGAUGGGAGGAUUUACCCCGGGGAACUUCAGACCGAGAACCAGCUGCAGUUUAAUAGAAAUGUUCCUACACAUUCAAGCAACUUGGCAAUCCGAUAUUCUUGCCCACAUGCAAUUAGAAUUGAAAAACUGAAGCAUUCAUACAGUGAAUCAUACCAUUGUAAAGAUUCGGAUUUUAGAGAUGGUCCUGACCUAAGCAGUUCUGUUUCAUUUUCUGUCAUAUCAGAAGAGAAACUUAGCUAUGCUGUCCACCUAGCCAAAAGAGAUGUGAAACGUAGACAAUUUGAAGAACAUGUGAAAGAAUAUCAUCUCAGAAAUCAUCCCCAGAUCUCUCAGAAAUGUGGACAUACUAAGUAUAAAAUAUCUGACCACAGGGUAGAAAGGAAGGAAGCAAAAAUUCAGGAAGGCUUGCAAUGCAGCCGCCAGCCCUCCAAAGUGGAAAUUGCCAGCUCAGGUGCCAAGGUAUCCCUGUAUACAUGUCAUCCAGGAAAGUUAGAUUUUACUGUGCCAAAUUCACCACCAACCCGUGAUCCAGGACUUCAGCUGCAUCCCAAGAUAGAUGAACAUAAAAGCCUGCUAGAAGUUCAGCGACUCCAGAAAGAAUUGAGCAGUUGUAUCCAUAAAAUUGAAGAAAUAACUAAAAAAGAUAGACUAGAAGAGGCUUUGGAUCCAGAUGAAGAACGGCGAAUCCUUGUCAGGAGACAGGAGCAAGCUGUCCGUUCUGCCCGAAUGCUCUAUGUCCUCCAACAGCAGAUAAAAGAAAUCCAGGAAGAGUUGGAUAAAUUGAGUCCACAUAAAAUUAAACACACUAAGAAGUCAUGGGCAGUGUCUAGGCUGGCAGCUGCCCAUCGAGGAGCCAUUCGGGCCUUACAGAUGUUUAUCACUCAGUUUACCGACCGAGGGGAACAUCCAGUUUCUGCUCGGUAUAGGGAACUGGGCAGUCUUAUUCGCCAGCUUUCACUUUGUUCUGCCAAGCUGGAUGCUGAUCCUUCUGUUUCUGAUGUGGUUAUAGAUAUCCUGCAACAAAUUGAGGAUUUGGAUUCCCUCCUGGAAAAGAAACUGUCACCAAAAAAGGUGAAGAAAUGUGUCUCUGAAAUUCAAAGCAGAUUUCCUGUUGGUAGCCAAAAGCUAUUAGAGAGAUGGCCAAGUACAUCACCAAAGAGUGAGAGGAGACUCUUUGUAGCAAAGGAGAUGUUUCCUCAGGAAAUAAGACGACCAUCAGUAGCAAGGAAGCUUCUUGCUGAUAAAUACCAACCUGAUACAGAGCUUCCAGUGACCCAGAGGUUGGAGAAUGAGCUUGAAGUAUUAGAUGCAGAUAACAUUCCAGAAGAAGCUCUGUCUAUUCUAGACCAAAAUGUAAGCUUCAGAGAAGAAGCAUCAGCUCUGGCAAAAGCAGGAGCAGUGAAAAAGAAAUCUGUGCCUGAGAAUUUGCCUUUUAGGAAGAAAGAUGCUCUGGCACCUGCACGACUGUGGCAAGGACCCCACAAAGCUGAAAGACAUAGACCAACCCAACCUCCCAGCAAAAGCAGACUGCAACAGACGACAGUCUCAUCCAGAUUAAAAAUGAAACAACAGCCUGUGAAGGACCAUAGGUCUCCCUGGAUACCUCCAAACCCUACAUCUCCGCCAGCCUCCCCUAAAUGUGCUGCAUGGAUAAAGGGGAAAUCCAGCCUCAAAGAUGCCACAAAGGAGCAAUCUCUCCAGCAAGAAGAUGCUCCAGAGGGAAGUCAACCACUAGGUGCUGUUGAGCAUGAAGCAGCCAGGCUCGCUUGGCUUGAUGCUGAAACUUCCAAAAGAUUGAAGGAACUAGAUGAAUUAAAAACUGAAGAAAUGAACAAAAUACAAAAACUGAGGCUCAAUUGGCUUGAUGCUGAAACAUCCAGAAGAACUAAGGAACUGAGUGAAGUAAGAACGGAAGAAGUGGGUAGACUCCAAAAACUGAGUGUUUCUGCUUCCCUGUUAGCGGACAGUGUAGAGAAGGAGGUUCUGGAGCGUUUGAAGCCUCUCUUGGUCAAGGCCCAGAGAGUCAAUUCUUCUCUGGAAGCAAAUACUCAUUUGAAGGAUUGCCCACCAGAAAACAAAGAGAUAGCCCAGCCUGCAGAGAAGGCCACAGCAGUUGAUUCUGAAUCCAACAAUGUUUGUCUGCUGGAUGGAUUUUUGGAAGAUACCACUCAUGAGCUCUGGGCUAUGACUCACUCUGAGAUCUUGGAGUCUGAGGCCUUAGCCACCUUGGAGGGCAGCAAGGACACUUCAACUUUGGAGACCAUGAUGCUCCGAAUGGAAGAAAUGGAAAAAUACCAGGAGACAGUUCGCCAAAGAUAUAGUAAAAUUGAAUAUGCUGAUCUUCAUUUUUGGAUGCAGGGAGAAAAAAAUGAUCAAAACCUUCUAGACCAAAAACUCCCAGCCAUAAGUGAACAGCCCCUGCAUCCACAUCCAGUCCAGAUCACAAAGACAGUAGCUCGCAAAGACCCAGAUGUGAACAUUGUCUUAGAAAGGCCUUGCAAUGGCAAUUCCCUAGAUGAAAGUGUGAGAACAGAAGAGAGAUCAGAGAGAAAAGAGGCUCCCUUGCUCUUCCCCUCAGAAGAUUCUCAGCAGAAAGUGGGCAGAGUGCUCCUGUGUGUUCCCCCCAGCAUGCUGCACAGCAUUGGUGACUACUGCAGCCGCUUUGAGCAGUACCUCCGGAUGAUUUCUCAUGAGGCCAGGGGCUCCUUCAACCCAUGGCUGAUAGCUGAAAGCUUUUCAGAAGAGCUAGUAGAUGAAGCUCUGGGGGCUGUGGCUGCUGAACUUCAGGAUAUGUGUGAAGAUUAUGCAGAAGCUGUGUUCACCUCAGAAUUCUUAGAGUCUGCUACAUAAAGGCUCUCCGAGGGGCCCCUCAUGUCACACUGGAGAAGGACAGCACCACCUCUUGUUUUAGCCCACAGGAAAUCUUUAUCCUCAGCUGUCUAUCCCAGGCCCUGAAGGUGCUGCCCACCAAAAGGAAGGAAAUGCCAGUGAUGGCGUCCUCACUUUGCAUUUUCUGAUUGUCGUGGCAAUGGUUCUGGUAGCUUAUGACUGAAUUUGUUACAUUUAUCAGUGCCCAGGAAAUGCUGUGGAUCAAUUAUGACAAUAUAACAUUUUCUGAAUGUAUAAUUUUCCUAUUGAGCUAUUACGUUCCUUCCUCUGGCUCUGUGUAUUGAUCAGAAUGAUUUGAAAGGUAAUAGAUAAGUCUCUUUCACUCAGGGAUUCAGGUCACUUGAACCAGUGGGUGGCAUCAAUGCCAGCAAAAGUGCAACUACUAUCUGGUCCUGUCAACUGGCUUGUAUUUCUAUUUUUAGCAAUCUCCUGUUAGGACACCUGCCUCCACUAGGUUAUAGACUGGACACAGAGUUUGGUUAGACUGCCAACCCCCUGCUCUAUUGCAGCUUAUUAAAAAUAGGAAUCCACCAGUUUUCAGCAUACAACAAUAAACAUACAUCUCUUUAAUGCUCAAUUUCUAGGUGGUUUUCACAUUUCUAGUUCUCCAAAAUCUGUUAUUGCUGUGAGUUGGCAUAUUUUGAUAUAAAAGACUUGCUCUGAAUUCCAGCGUCUCAGCCCUCUCCUGAGACUGCUCGCUUGUAUCUUGGAGCUGCCGGAUGUUUCAGCACUUCCUACCCCCAAAGCACCCUGUGUGGGAGAGGAGAACAGGUCUGGAUGUGUGAAGACCCUUGGGUCUCCCAGAGGAAGGAAGAAACUUGAGAACCAUAAUAACUUGGUUCUUGGACAGUUUACAAUUCAUGUUUUAUCAGGAGAAAAGCUUUGAUGUUUUCAGAAACUCUGAAUUCAGAAAAAGAAAAGGAAUGUGCAUAAAAAUAAGGCCACUGCCUGGAAAAACUUUCACUCAAUUUUUUGCCUCAGGCUGGGCGAAAAAAAUGGGAAGAGCAAAUGAUGUAUGCGUGCCUCAUGGAAUAAUGUGAAUUUUUUAAAAACACAUAUAGUGUUGUCAUCUGGGAUUUUUCUCUGAAGUAUAAGUAUUUCAGGUGAUAAUUUAAGCUGCUUGAUGACCCUUAUUUGUGCAGAAUUCAUUUUCAUUUCAUGUUAAUGUUUUCCUGCUUAUUUUUAUAUAACCUCAGAAGUAAAAAAGGCUUCAAGGGAAUUUAAAAUUCUUUAAUUUGGGGAGUUAAAUAGAUAUACUUGAAUUGUUAGGAGUGCCUGUCAUUAAUAGCGGAAAGUAAUUUUGUAUGGCAGUUUUUACUGUGAUUUUUUAAAAAUAAACUCUUUUAAAGUA